CAUCUGAAGACUGACGCUGGAAAUUCGUUCUACUAUGGGAUAUAGACAUGCCUUUACGGAGUAUUAAUUAAUUUAUCUAAUAUACGAGUGUGACGAGGAAGCAGCGUGGUGUUGAGGUUUUGGGUUUUUGUUAAUGAUGACGAAGAAUCACAAGAAAGGGUUGUGUUGUUGUGCUAUAGAACUAGGUUGGUUGGGUGGGUGGGUGAGGGGAGAGAGAGAGUGUGUGUGUGUGUGGGAAAAAGAGUGCGUGGGGUGUUUUGUACCCUGAUUUGAUUUAAUUUUUCUUUUCUUGGGCCUCUCCUCCUUAUAUAGCCGCCAUUGCCUCCUUCCUCACACCCCCCAAUCUCUCCUUCAUCUAAAACUCCAGAGCGAGUAGAUAAGCCUCUUGUUGUCUGUCUCAUUUAGUGGUGUAAGGAGAAAUGAAGUACGUGUUGGUCACCGGAGGAGUCGUCAGCGGCCUUGGCAAAGGCGUCACCGCCAGCAGCAUCGGUCUCAUCCUCAAGGCCUGCGGACUACGGGUCACUUCCAUUAAAAUUGAUCCUUAUCUGAACAGCGAUGCUGGUACCAUGUCUCCUUUCGAACACGGCGAAGUGUAUGUUCUCGAUGACGGUGGCGAGGUGGACCUGGACCUUGGAAAUUAUGAGCGCUUUCUGGAUUUAAAAUUAACACGAGACAAUAAUAUAACUACCGGAAAAGUUUACCAGUCCGUUAUUGACAAGGAGAGGAGGGGAGACUAUCUGGGGCAAACAGUUCAGGUUGUGCCUCACAUAACCGAUGCCAUUCAAGAGUGGAUUGAGCGAGCUGCUGCUAUACCAGUGGAUGGCAAAGACGGCCCAGCUGAUGUUUGUGUUAUAGAAUUGGGUGGCACCAUUGGGGAUAUUGAAUCAAUGCCCUUCAUCGAGGCUCUUGGACAGUUUUCUUAUCGUGUAGGUAGUGGAAAUUUUUGCUUGAUACAUGUCAGCUUGGUGCCUGUUCUAAAUGUCGUCGGUGAGCAGAAAACAAAGCCAACUCAACACAGUGUUAGAGGAUUAAGAAGCUUGGGUCUAACUCCAGAUAUUUUAGCAUGUCGCAGCACAACGGAACUUGAUGAAACCGUCAAGGAGAAGCUCUCUCGUUUUUGCCAUGUGCAGAGAGAGAACAUAAUCACCCUCUAUGAUGUUUCCAACAUCUGGCGUGUACCUUUGCUUUUGAGAGACCAGAAGGCUCAUGAGGCAAUUCUGAAAGUCUUGAACCUCAACGGUGAGACUAGGGUACCAGCUCUUGGGGAUUGGACAUCCAGAGCAGAUCUCUGUGAUAUGUUGACUGAUACUGUCAGAAUUGCUAUGGUUGGAAAGUACAUUGGGCUUUCAGAUUCUUAUCUUUCUGUUCUGAAGGCACUUUUGCACGCUUCUGUUGCAUGCCAUAGGAAACUAUGCAUAGAUUGGGUCCCGGCUUGUGAUCUUGAAGAUGCAACUCUGGAAGAGAAUCCAGAGUCUUACAAAAAAGCUUGGAAAUUGUUAAAGGGGGCAGAUGCAAUUCUAGUUCCUGGAGGUUUUGGAGACAGAGGAGUGGAGGGCAAAAUUCUGGCUGCUAAAUAUGCCCGUGAAAACAGAGUCCCUUAUCUCGGGAUAUGUCUAGGAAUGCAAAUUGCUGUCAUUGAGUUUGCACGAUCUGUCCUUGGCCUGAAGAAUGCAAACAGCACAGAAUUUGACCCAAACACUAAGAAUCCGUGUGUUAUUUUCAUGCCAGAGGGUUCAAAGACACACAUGGGAGGCACUAUGCGUCUUGGAUCAAGGAGGACAUACUUUCAGUGUACCUCAAGUAAAUCUGUGAGACUAUACGGGAACGUGAGUUUUAUUGAUGAGAGACACCGGCACAGAUAUGAGGUAAAUCCUGAUAUGGUGCAGCAACUGGAAGAUGCCGGCCUUUCAUUUACUGGAAAAGAUGAAAGUGGUUGUCGGAUGGAGAUUGUUGAGCUGCCUAACCAUCCAUACUUCGUUGGCGUUCAAUUUCACCCAGAGUUCAAAUCGAGACCAGGAAAACCGUCCCCCCUGUUUUCAGGACUUGUGGGAGCAGCUUGCGGUCAGCUGGAUGGUCUAUUGAAGAAGGGUUCAGGGAGAAGAUGCAGAAUGAGCAACGGCUCAUCACCGAUAAAGGCACAUUUCUAUGAGAAUGCAACUACGCUAACUAAUGGGGCUUUAGAUGGCAUUUACUACAAUGGGAAUGGUUUACACGUUUGAAGCGCAUAGCAAACUUUGGGACUGCAAUUUGAGUUGAUCAUCAUUUUGUUCCAGCAUUGCAUUUCUAUGUGUAAAGCGAUAUUAGUAUUAUAGGAUUUAUAGUUUUUUUGUCCAUGGUGUGCAGUCAAAUUCCGGUCUUUUAAACGGAAUGCCGUAGUUGCAGCACAUACCGUGGGAUCGGCGCAGACUCUCUAUAUUGGCUUUUAAUUAAUAUCAAACGAAUUUUC